UUAAAGAUAUUUAAACUUUGAUGUGACAUUCGAGUGAUGACAGCCAAUCGGCGUUCAACAGCCUGGCCACUGAGUGACAUGUGUAACGUAACAGCCAAUCAGCGUUCAACUGGCCAACUCAGUGCAGUGCAGUCCGGGGUGAACUGCAGCAUGGAGGAGAAAGUAAUUGUUGCCGUUUGUGACUCCCGGAGCUCUUUAUAUGAUAGUAUAUAAUAUAAUAUAAUUGUAUAAUAAUAUCACGGCAAAAAGCUCUGUGCGCCUCCGGAUGGCCGUAACGCUGGGAGCUCUCGUAGGGAUUGGGCUUCUCGGAGUUUGUUUACCGGCGUAUGAAUAGACUGCGUCAGGUUGGUUGGUUAAAAUGGUUACUUUUGGUGCAGAAGACUGUAGAACUCUUUUUUUGCCACUCAAUGAACUACUCAGGAAUCGGUAAGAGAAUUGAUAAGGAAUUGGAUCGAUAGGCAGAAUCGACAAUGGCAUUGAUAUUGAUAAAAACGUAUCAAUUCCCAUCCCUAACCAGUAUGCUUAAGUUCGAACUGAUGUUUUUGUGACUCUCAAGCCCAUUCAGUUUGUUUAGUGAAAAGUAUUUUUCUUUUUUUUUCUUUUUUUUCUUUUUAUUGGCUUAUGGGCCUUAAAUUGGGAAAAUAAAAGAUCCCAUAUUUUUCCAUACUUCUCGUCAGCUCCUGAGUGAUUUCCACCUAGUUCGAGACGCUCCAACACAUCUACCCAUGACAACAAUGAAAUAUGAAUUCCACAAAAUUCACGUAAAUGUGAAAACUUUUGUGUGUGGUUGUUCAAGACACACUUAAGGCAUGAUACCAACAUAGGUUUGCAGAGGACAACAUACAGUACAAUAUGCACACUGAAGGCCUGAUGCCACCAUAGGUUUGCAGAGGACUCUAUACAAUAUGCACACUGAAGGCCUGAUGCUACCAUAGGUUUGCAGAGAACUAUAUACAGUAUGUACUGUCAUGGUUAGCGGGUGGCAGGCAGGCAGGUAGAACCCAAUAGCAGACAGUUCAAUAAAAGGAUAAUUUAUUAACGCAAAAGGCGUUAAUAAAAAAGCAGUAAUCACACAGGAGGGAAACCUGACAUGGGGAGAAACAAGACAGAUACCAAAGUAAAACAGGAAGCACACCAAAACAAGACAGACCUUCUGGAAGGUCUGGAAGGCGGGACCCCUCUGGAAGGCAAGGUAGAGGGCGGGCCCCUUCUGGAAGGUCUGGAAGAGGGGCACCCUCGGGAAGGAGUAGGGUUCAGGAACCGGACAGGGCUGGAGACCGGAGGCAGCUCAGGGGCUGUAGAGAAAUGUGGAACCGGAUGGCACUCACAACUCACCACCCCCAAUCUGAUAGUCCGUAAGGCACCGUCCAACCCGGAGCUUGAAGCUACAGCGCUGCACGUACGCCCCAACACAGCCUCCAACAAAAAGAGUGUCCGCUGGGUCCAAUGAUGGUCGGAUCAUUCUGUCACGGUUGGCGGGUGGCAGGCAGGCAGGUAGAACCCAAUAGAAGACAGUUCAAUAAAAGGAUAAUUUAUUUAUGCAAAAGGCAAGGAACACGGGUGACGCAGAGAACACACAGGACACCACUCACCACAAACUAAAAUUAUCCGACAAGGAACAAAGGAAAGACAAGGGCUUAAAUACCAAACACACAGGGCACGCAACGAGUAACAGCUGAAACACAUUAGGGGAGGGAGCAGUAAUCAUACAGGAGGGAAACCUGACAUGGGGAGAAACAAGACAGAUACCAAAGUAAAACAGGAAACACACCAAAACAAGACAAGGAAACGGACAGACCAUGACAUGUACACUGUUACGGUUGCGGACUGACGACCCGCCCUCAUGGGUAAAAUCCUCAAUCGAUACUCAUGCUAAUGAUCAUGUGUUUCCCCGCGUGUGAUUUGUUUACCAUUAUGUUAAUUUUGAUGUGCCUUUCCCCAGUCGUGAUUGGCUGCUGCAUCGGAGGGCCCAGGAUUCGGGAGGAUAAACGACGGGCGAGCUCAACCUUCAUGGCAGCUGGCCUUGGAUAUGCAGCUUGCCAUAUUGGGUCUUUGAAUGGUUAUUUGUUGGUUGAUUGAGGUUCUUGUUAAUUGCUACACAGGAACUGGGCCAGAGUUUUGUUAGAGGUUAUCGAACACCGACUCGCAGCUAUACUUUUGUUAAAAACACUAGACGCAGGGGUGCUGUUCCACUCAUGUAUUUUGGGAGCUUCUUCUUGGUUAUAAUAAUUUCUUUGAUUUGGACAGCACCCAAUGGUCCUUUUCCUUUUGUAGUUUUGCCUCCUCUGUUUGUGUUAAAUUGAUUAUCCCAUGCUUUGGGCUACAUAAACAACUUCCAGUUAACCAAAGACAUCUGGUUUUAUGUUGCCACCCCUUCCCCUAGCGGGGGACGUAACAUAAAUGGGGGCUCGUCCGGGAUCUCUUAAACGGAUCCCAUAACUAAACUGAAGUUCUACAUAGCUUGGUGGUUGGACGUAAUCUAAUUGAAAUGUCGCUGUUCGAUUUAGAGUCCUUCUUGGCCGGUCCCUCGCUUAGUCAAGUAGACCGCUGUCGGAAGGAUGAUUUGGCACAGAUGGCGGAUUAUUUCGGUGUUCUAUUCUAGACAAAUACUAAAAAGGGAGCUAAAAGCUAUCGUGGUUUGCAAAUUGGUGGAGUUGGCGUUGAUAGUAUUGCCAGUGCAAGCAGACUCUGCUGUGCCUGAGGAUGGCACCCUGGCUAAGGAGGUGGGUCGCCAAAAGGUUGAGGUUGAACCUCACGGUGCUCGAGCAGACUUUGGAGUGGACAUUGAGGUAGAUGAGCUGACCAAAACUCUGUUUACUCUGCCUCGCUAUGAUCCCCUCUCUUCGCUGGUACUGGAUCCAUGGAUGUUGCUCGGCUAAAAGUCUGCCUUGCCCGCCUCCAACUAGAAGCUCAGGAAAAGGCAGAGAAUAGGCAAGCCCAGUUCCAGCUAGAAAUUAAGAAGCUGGAAAUUGAAGCUGACAAAGCCGUCCAGUUGCGACGACUUGAGCUCGAGUCCCAGAAGGAGGUGCAUGCGCUGAGGGCAUCUGCCGAGGCUAUCUCUUCGUCACCAACUCCGGCACUCGGUAAAGCAUUUGAUAUCAGCAAGCAUAUUGUUUUAGUACCCACGUUCUGUGAAACUGAGGUCGACUCAUAUUUUAGUGCAUUCGAACGCAUUGCUCCCGCUCUGCAGUGGCCGGCUGAGGUCUGGCCCCUUCUGUUGCAAUGCAAAAUUCAUGGGAAAGCACAGGAAGCUGUCGCUGCACUCCCCUUGGAGGACAGCCUAAAGUAUGACUCUGUUAAAGCUGCCAUCUUGCGAGCAUAUGAAUUAGUAUCUGAGGCGUACAGGCAAAAAUUCCGAAAUCACAAAAGAGCCCCGACUCAGAACUACGUUGAGUUUGCCAGGGAAAAGGGGGUCUUGUUUGACAAAUGGAGCACCACAUGUAAGGCCAAUGAUUUUAAUUCCUUGAGGGAGUUAAUAUUGCUGGAGGAAUUUAAGAAAUGUUUGCCUGACCGGAUCGUGGUUUACCUAAGUGAACAGAAGGUUAAUUCACUUUCCUCUGCUGCGGUGUUAGCCGAUGAGUAUGUUUUAACUCACAAGGUUGUGUUUCCAUCGGAAAGUGUUGAGAAGCCGCGUUAUAUAGCGGCUUCACAAAAUAGUUUGCAGAAGCCGCAAAGCCCAAGGAGGGAGGACAGGGAAUGUUUUUACUGUCACAAACCUGGGCACGUCAUAGCCAACUGUAUUACCCGAAAACGUAGGGAACAACAAUCGUCUUCUAGUGGGGCACAGCCUAAAGGCAUUGGAUUAAUUAAAACAGAUCCGUGCACCAACCAUGGGUUUGGUGAUAGAAAACCGGUUGAUUUUCUUAAACCCUUUGUAUUCGAUGGGCUAGUGUCGUUAACGGGCGAGUCUGCUGAUCAGCACCCGGUACAAAUCUUGAGAGACACCGCGUGCUCUCAAUCGGUAAUUCUCGCCUCUGCGCUGCCGUUUUCCGAUCAUUCUGCUUGUGGAUAUGGUUCUGUGUUGCGUGGCAUUGAGAUGGGGUACAGCCCCCGGCCAGUACACAGAGUACAUAUACAAACAAAGCUAAUAACUGGUUUCUUUCCCAUUGCUGUCUGCCACGCGUUGCCAAUUGAAGGUAUUACACUUAAUGGGUAA